AUGUCGCAGAUGUUGCUUUUGCCGCCAACAUCCAAAUUUACCCCAUACAAUGACAUGGCGCUUGCAUGUUGCACCUUUUCCGGUAGCCGCGCCCUAAGGAAACAAACAUUCCACACAAAACUCUCGCCGUCGCGCUUACUUGACGCAAAUAGACCAAACAUGCGUUCCUGA